AUGAUGUGGCCCAACUUUUUCCUUCAGGACCGGGAGCAGCGCAUAGCAGUGCGCAGAAGGGGAGAGACCCCACGGCAGAAAGUUCUGGCGGACGAGCAGGAAGGCAAGAUCAAGCUGGCAUUCUUUGUGGCCAUUGUGGGGAUGACCCUGAUGGUGCUGGCGGUGGGCACAGAAUUUUGGGUGGAACUCAACACCUACAAGCAGAACCAUUCCGCCAUCUGCGAGGCUGCCCACUUCGGCUUGUGGAAAUUCUGCUAUAAGAAACUCUGGGUCUACGAUGUGGCAGAAGAGAGAGACACCUGUGGGCCUGCGGAGCUACCUGGUGAAGCUAACUGUUCUUACUUCAAAUUCUUCACCACUGGGGAGAAUGCCAACAUCUUCCUAAGGACUACAAAAAAGGGACUGAUGGUGUUGGUGACUUUGGAGAUUUUCCGACAAUCGGUCCAGUGGCUGAUCACCUCCAAUGAGACCAUCCCACUGGAAUAUGAGUAUUCCUGGUCCGUGGCUUGUGCAGUGUCUGCAGGAGCAAUUCUGAUCUUUGGGGGAGCCUGCUUCAUCCUAUUGUCUAUCCCAGGUUUGCCCAAAAAGCCUUGGGAAUAUUGCAUCAGAAAGAGAAACACCAGUGAACAUACUUCCUAAAAA